AGUUGCUUCUCAACUCUUCAGUUUGCAGUUGACCUCACGUACGCAGUGAGUUAUUCCAAUGGAUACCGAGCAGCCGAAAAAAGUGCCACGCACCGAGACGAAGACGAAGGACCUUCUACGCACCACCGUGUCCGAUGGACCCUUCAGCCUCUUAGACACUGCCAUGAAGGAGAAGAAGCGCGUGUUCAUUCAGUGUCGUAACAGCAAGGCACUCUUGGCGCACGUCAUUGCAUUUGACAAGCACUUCAACCUUGUGCUGAAGGGCGUUCAGGAGAUUACGGAGAGCCAGGGCUCCGAGCAAAAGCAACGCACCAUUGAGAACCUCUUUCUCCGCGGCGAGUCCGUCAUCUUCAUUGUGAAGCUGCCGUAG